ACAAAAUUUAUAUUUAUAAAUGAACUGCUCUGCAUCUUGUAAUGCCCUCUGUGGCGUGGGAACGCCGCGUCCGAACUUGCAGCGGUUAGUUCCCUAUGUCGAGCCGCAAGAGGACGACGAGGAGGAUAUGGUAGUGUGGUGCCGGGCAAAUCUGGAUUUCGCCUGCUCGCUCAGCGAGAUGCGCAUACGCUGUGGAGAGGCCGCCACUUAUCACCGAACACUGGGGGAUGUGGACCUGGCGCCUCACCCGUUGCUUAGCCGGCGAGACAAGCUCAUGGACAUUUCCCAAAAGGUCUGCUCAGCGUCAGAAGGGAAACCCAUCCCCGCCGACCUGGAGGUCGCCUGGCAGAGUCAUAGCAGCAUUGACUGCCUUGAUCUCCGCAAAGUGCGUGCUGAGAUGAAUUUUGCUGAUCAGAAGGCAGCCAAAAAUCUUGUGGAUCGCGUUGAGGUGCACCACAAGCCUUUGCAGACGGAGGAGGCGGAGCGAAGGAAAUUGACUAUUGUCAAGGCAAGCUCCGCAAGAAACUUGACUAUUGACAAGGAAACCUUAGCGGGGAAAUGGACUAUUGACAAGGCAACCUCCGCGAGGAACUUGACCAUUGACAAGGCAACCUCCGCGAGGAAAUUGACCUUUGACAAGGAAAACUCCGCGAAGAUCUUGAUCAUUGACAAGGCAACCUCCGCGAGGAAAUUGACCUUUGACAAGGAAAACUCCGCGAAGAUCUUGAUCAUUGACAAGGCAACCUCCGCGAGGAAAUUGAGCCUUGACAAGGCAAACUCCGCGAGGAACUUGACCAUUGACAAGGCAACCUCCGCAAGGAAAUUGACUAUUGACAAGGCAACCUCCGCCAGGAAAUUGACUAUUGACAAUGCAACCUCCGCGAGGCGCUUCUAUAGCCCAAAAAGGUAUGUCAGCGGGUAUAUUUCCAACAGAAAAUCGGUCGGAAAAACGGAGUCCUUGUCGCGCGGUGCAUACAUGCCCGAUCUUGAGCUCAACCGCGCGAUAGGUCUUUCUGCAAGUCAACCAUUCAGAGGACAGCAUUGCCUUGUGUUGGAGAAGCUUCCCGACACCGAGAUGGAGGAGGACAGAACCCAGAUCCCGAACUCCAGAAUCAGCGCCAGUGGCCACAAGUAUGACGGCUCUUUAAUACCCACUUGUAGAAGUGCUGGAACUGGUGCGGAUCAGAAUUCGGAGACAGAGAGUUCCGACACCUUCAAUUCCCAAGAAAAGGACAGAACUCAGAUGCCGAACUCCAGAACCAGCACCAGUGGCCGCAAGUCCGACGGCACAUCAACACCCAGUUGGAGAAUUGCUAGAACUGGUGCGAAUCAGAAUACGGAGGCAGAGAUUUCCGACUCCUUCGAUUCCUCCAAUUCCUUUGAGAGCUCCAGUCUGGUCAGCGAUUCCCAAGAAAACCACGAGCUUUCCACGGCGGCAGGUCUGACGGCGGCCUUCAUCCGGCGACAUAUGCUGUUCCACCUCCUGGCCAGUAGGUUCGGAAGACGGUAUCUGCGCUAGCUACGUCGUAGCUGGGGUCGUAUGUGCUGCCACCUGCGACAGCAAGUUCUGUAAAUUGUAUAGUGUAUAUGUAUGUAUGGUAGUAGCCGAACCGCGAAGAAUUCCUGCGAAUUUCCAUAAAGUUCAAAGCAGUAUUUAAAUUUGCGACUAUCGAUUACAACUAGCACUGUCGCCGAUGCGCAAUGCUCUUGAACGCUAACCAACACUAUCAGUUUAGAGCACACAUGCAAAUGGUAUUGUAUUGUGCAUUUACAAACAAAUUUUAUGUGAACGUUUUCACAAUUAUUUCGUCUUAAUUCUUUUUAGAGUCCGCCAAUUCAGGUAUGUAUGCAACACGUCAUACUGCUUGCAGUCACUGCAUAACUCGCCAAGCACUUUAGUAAUACCACCCCACCACGUUUAAACGGACCGAAUGCGCGCGUCGGUGUGACCGCAUGGCUUAGCUGGCGAAAUACCGGCUGCCCAACUAAAAAUCCAUCAACUUGUAUUAACGUGUCAGACUCUGGCUAUGCAAUCGUAAUUGCAAAAUCUUAAAGUAGUGGCAAUAAAUUAGUUUUCCUCCUGCACAAGUCCAUCCAUAGGGCCGCAUCGUCCGCGCAGCGCUAGAAGUGGAUAGUUCGAACGCGGAGUGGAUCACACGCACCUGCCCGCCGCGACCAGUCAAGUUUCCCGCGUUUUCCAUGGCGAUUAAGUCGGGAAAUAGUUAUUUUGUUAAUGUGUUUUAACCAACAACCGUGGCCGUGGUGUGGUCCUGGCUAAUCGCAGCAUCCCAGCGCUGUUUGUUUUGUACCCUCGCCUGCUCUUUUGUUGUGUUCCUCAGAAAAGGGUGUAUCGCGAACACACACACACGCGACAAACUCUCGCACACAAACACACACGCCCAAGACAUUUCGGCGGGAAACUUCAUUAUUUAUGUAAUUAAGUGUAAGCUCUCGCAGUUACAUGUCCGCGAGGAGCGCAGCGGCAAGCGCAGCAUACACCGGCAGCUACUAGGCGCCAGGCCACUAGACGUAAACAGCGGCGCCAGGCCCGAAACGUCCCGGUUAGCCGGCUAGCUCCAAUUCAGCCGCCUCUGUCUCCGAUUUCCGACUUCAGGCUGUCGCCAGAAGCAGCGACCGCCGCUCCAAGCAUUCGCAAUCAGCCGGGACAGAGACAU